CAACUUUGUGAUUUGUCCCACUUCGAGAGCUACUCGAGACGAAUGGGAAGCGCAGAGUGGAAACGCAGAGUCUUGAUGUGCCGGUGAAUGGCACAGAUGUCGCGUUCAUUGACAGUCCUGCCUCUGCCAACAUGAAUACGGAGACCGCCGGAAAGCUUCAGACUUUGCUUUCAAGUGGCAUUGUGGAUGGGAAGCGUCGAGACAAACUCUCGCCAGAUGAGCGCAGUUGGUUCAGCAAGCCGCCCCAUGGCGCGAUUGUGGUCGCCUCACUCUGCCACUGGCGCGACCAGACAGAUGAAAUGAAGAAGUACUUGGAGAAGAUGGCAGACGUCUUCAAGAAUGCCUCAGGUUGCAAAGUGGCCUUCCCUUAUGUCGUUGCCUGUACUCACCGUGAUGUUUUCCUGCGAAAGAGUUGCAGAACAGCAGUGGAAGACAUCGGAAAUCGGAAGUGCCCGCAACAACAAGGCGAUGAUUGACCUCCUCUCCCAACUUUUUACCAAGGCCAAGCGUGAGAACACUGCAAAAGUGCAGGAGUGGAAUAGAACAGGGAUUUGGUACUUGAUGGUGCUGAUGGUUGUUAUUUUUUUGGUGGUGCUAAGAGCCUCCAAAUGAUGCUUGUGAGCUUCGACUAGUGAGGCAAUCAUGCCGGGCACUUGUAGUACAUGUGCCUAUAGGCCUAUAGGGCUUCCAGAAAUUUUGAAGAACAGCAGUCGCAGCAAGCCC